UUCUGUGUUCAAUACGUUCACUAUUUAUUAUUUUAUUGAUCUGUCCUUAAACUCCAAAUAAGUAAACGCUACUUACACCAGUUUCUUAAAAAAAUUGGGAUUAAAUAACAAUACAUAACUUGCAACUAUAAGGUAGCAGCAAUGCUGCCACGGCAAUAUUAUAACGAGCAAGACGUACGAAAACGGCAAAUCGAUACUUUAAAAAUAUUCAAUGACAACGUCCAAGAAGUGACGGAAAAUACGGAAUACAAAGUAGAUUUUACAAUAAAUGGCAAGAAUUUCAGCUUGAACGUGAUAUUAGGACCAGAGUUUCCUAAUGAGAAGCCAGUUAUAUUGGUGAAUCCUCCGGUGGUGCAUCCGUGGGUGGCAGAGCACUCAAGUCAAGUGGUUGGGGCUCCGGGGCUGAUCCAGUUUACUGUGCACUCGGAUUUGGGGAGAGUUGUGCAUGCUGUUAUUAGGGAGCUCCAAAAAGCACUGCCAGUGGAAGAAGAGUCACAGAGCAGCCCCGCACACACACACUCCCUCCUGUUUCCUGAGCUCGGGGAGUUGACGAUUGAAGAGCUGCAUGAGAUCCUGGAGAACCCGGACUUGCAGGACAAACUCCUAGAAACAACGCCACAACUCCUCGCUCUGAAUCUGGAGACGGAGGAGCUGAUGCUCAGCAUCGAGAGGAUAGCCCGGGACAACAUCGCGGAACAGCAGAGACUGGACGAGAUGAAGACAGAUGUCGUGGACCGGAUAUCCGCGCUGGUGCAGAUGAAGAUUAACUAUGAGGAGCUACAUGCUAGACACCAGAAAUUGUCAGAAGAGUAUGACCCACACCGCAUCAGGGAUUGCCUGAAAGCGGCCGCCUUGAAGGCAGACGAGGACGCCGAGGCCAUCGCUGAACAGUUCCUACUAGGUAAGAUGCCAGUGGAGAGUUUCAUCUCACAGUUCGCGGAGACGCGCGCCAGAGGGCAGGCUCGGCGAGCGCGCGAGGAGAGACUCGCGCACCAGCUCGCGCAGCUACACCGCGCCACCUAGGUCAGCUGACAACUAUCUCAUAUCAUAACUUUGUACCAUAGAGAGAUACAGUAUGUAUCAGAAAGGAAGGCCAAGAAAGAGACCCAUUAAUGUUUAGGUCAUACUGAGCAACUUUUACUAUGGGACCAACCCCGAAAAACGCGAAACAAAAUUGGAUGUUUCAUACAUUUUGAUGGUCUGAUGUUGAAAUUUCCUAUGGGAGAGUCAAUUUUUAGGGUUCCGUACCUCAAAAGGAAAGAAACGGAACUCUUAUAGGAUCACCGUGCCGUCUGUCUGUCUGUCCGUCUGUCACAGCCUAUUUUCUCCGAACCUACUGAACCAAUUAAGUUGAAAUUUGAUACUCAUAAUAAUAUGUAAGUUUGUGACCAAAAGACGGACUUGUAACGUAAACAAAUGAAUUUUAAACAUGGGGGCCACUUUUGGGGGGUAAAUGAAAAAAUCAAAAAAUAAAGUUUUUCAAACUAUAUCGUGUUACAUAUCAAAUGAAAGAGCUCAAUGUGAGAAUCUCAGACAUAUUUUUUUUAUAAUUUUAGAAUUAACAGUUUAGAAGUAAUUCUAGAAAAUAGGCAAAAAAUUACCAUUCCCCCCCCCUUUAUCUCCGAAACUACUGGGUCUAAAAUUUUGAAAAAAUACAUAAAAUGGGUCUUUACCUAUAGAUGACAGGAAAACCUAUUGGAAAUGUACAGUCAAGCGUGAGUCGGACUUAAUUACUUAGUUUUUGAUCCGGCCCCUUCGGGUUUUUUAAAGGCAAUUCACUCGCGUUUCACAUAUAAAAAAGACAUUGUCAAAAAUGGAGUAAUGUACGGAACCCUUGGAACGCGAGUCUGACUCGCACUUGGCCGGUUUUCUUUCGCGAUAUCGGGGUUGGUCCCAUAGUAAAAGUUGCUCAGUAUGACCUAAACAUUAAUGGGUCUCUUUCUUUGCCUUUCGUUCAGAUACAUACUGUAUAAGCAGGUAAUGAAAGAGUGGUAAAUCCAUACAUCAGUUUUCUGACCAACACGCGGGUUAUUUCAUAGUCGACAUCUAACGUCAAGUAGUGGAACUAUCAGUACCGCUUCCUGUCACCAGAUGUCACAAGUGUCGCAACUGGCGUAAUGUACUACCAAAGACAUAUGUAACUUCGUAUAAGAUGAAUAAAGUCUAAGAAAAAAACGUGCCCCGGAAAUCAAGAUAAAGUCAUUCUCGGAUAGAUGGCGCAAACAACUUUGGCCUAUUCUCGGCUAGAUGGUGUGACGACAUCGUUUCAUAUUUAACAAUUUUAACUCAUAGAUAUCAGUGAUUGAACAUGGGUCCAUUUAUAUACACUAUUUUGAUAAUUUUAUACGUGUUUAUUUUGAGUUUUAGUCGUGUGUCGAUAGAUGGCAGUAAAUUUACAGUGACUACAAAAUUUACUAUGACAGGACCCCUCUAUACUAUCUAUUCUCUUUAGUACUACUAAAACAAUUUACAACUAAAGUUAUAAGCAGAGGGCGUUGAAAAUUAUACUAGAAGGAGUUGAAAAUAGUGUUCUGGUUAAUCCGGUUAUAAUAUAAGCUGAAAAUUGUUGAGUUUUUGUUUGCCGCGACAUCUAUUCUGCCGUCCUAGUCUAAAAGGCAGUUUUUCGACAAAAGCUAGUUUCGAGAUAAUCGCAAAAAACCAACCCAAACAUCUUUCUUGAAUUUCUACGAAACGGUAAAACUUUUUCGAUUUUUUCUUUUUGUAUGUGGUAGGUAUAUAUAUGUACUUAUUUUAGGUAUUUAUAGUAUGUUUCUAAACAGCUCAGUUUAUUUUUUAUUUUAUAAAAAACACUUUAAAUUAGUAUUAAGCUUAAAAAUGAGUAGGUCGUACUAGUCAAGAAGGCGGUAAACAUGCGUUAUGCGGCGUUCUAACUUAGUUCCGAAGUAGAAACUAGGUAAAAACGCCGUAUAUGUCACAUGCUGCCUUUUUGCUUAGUACCAAUGAAUAAUUCGCACUUGAGAUCCUAAGUUAAAAGACCCUAUAGCAGCUAUUCGGCCUUUUUGGUUAGUAUACUAGGAAAAAUUAUGAAUUUGACGAGAUUUUCGACUAGCGUGCUAGUGUAAAGAAACGUAUACCAACAAAAACACCGAAUAUACGGUUUUAUAGAUUAGUAUUUAUGGAAGAAAUGGGAAUAAAAAACAGUCACGUAGUUUAAAUGUUUAUUUAUAUACGAACAAAAACCGCCAUACUAGUAGGCUAUUAUUAAAAAAACGAGAUCCAGCAAUUACUUUUUGGAUUAUAAUCUCAAUUACCAUACAAAAUUAACAUAUAAAUUGGGUUAUUCCCACUAGUUACGAUCAAGUUGUUACCAGUGGUAACUAAUGGGAGUAGUUACCACUACAAUCUUGUUAGGGUUCAAUAAAGCCUCUAUAUUUAUAGUAUUCUACUUAUACUGUUUUUAUUACUAUUGAACUGUAACAAAAUGUUGGUGGUAACUACUAGGAAUAAAAUCCAACCUUUUACCAGUGGUAACUACUGGGAAACAAAUCUCAUUAGUUACCACUGGUAACAACUUGAUGGUAAUUAGUGGGAAAAACCCGAUCUAUGUGUUAAUUUUGUAUGGUAAUAAAGAUUAUAAUCCAAAAAAUAAUCGCUGGAUCUUGUUUUUUUAAUAAUAGCCUGGUAGUACAGUGUUUUGUGUUCAUAUAAUAAACAAACAUUUAAACUGUACUGUAAUAAAAUGUUGGUGGUAACUACUAGGAAAAAAUCCCACCUUUUACCAGUGGUAACUACUGGAAAAAGAAGUUCCCAGUAGUUACCACAAAACUGAGUUGGUGGUAGCUACUGGGAAGAAAAGUGGGAUAUAAAUUCCCAGUAGUUACCACUGGUAACAACUUGGCGGUAGAUACCUAACUAGUGGGAAUAGCCCCAUAAUAUGUAACAAAUUUUUAGUGUACGGCCUUUCUGAUUUUAUUUGUAUAGUAGACUAGAUUUACUCGACUCUACUAAUGACAUUACAUAUACUUCUAAUGAGCAUGAGCAACGAAACUUAACAGAGUCCGCAGUAAGCUCAGCCGAAUUUUUACUUCCCAUAAAAACGGAGAUUCGUACUCAUUUUAAAACAACGUGUUGGAUUGUACUAAAUUGCACAUACAAUGACAUGAGGUAUAUCUAUGCCAGAACCUAAUUAGUUUAUAUUCCAACAAAACUAAUGAAGUAGAGGAAAAAUAAGUUUUGUAUGAAAAACUUAUUUUCGCUGUUUUUUUUUUACAUGGUAUCUGAAGCUACACAUUAAUUACAGGCAUAGAUAUACCUUAUCCUUUACUGAGUACAAAGUUUUAGAGCAAUCUAGCUAAUCAUUUUAAAAUGAGAGCGUAACUACAGUUGUAUGGAGAACCCAGCUUGCUGCUGACUUAAAUCUUAGCAAACAUUUAUCUUUGUAGGUGACCAGUUUUUGCAUACACGUAACUCAAAAGAUACAUAAUGUUUUACUGAAUUCGUGGCAUCUCUAAUAUUUAUUUUAGUUUGUUAUCAAUAGGCAUGGAAUUUCAUCGCACGGUAAUACGUUAGCGAAUUAUGUAGUCUACAUUAGCAAUAAAAUUAAUACGAGUGUAUUAAUUCCUGCACAUACUCUGUCAUUUAUUUAAUUCUAAAACGCCUUUUAGCGGUUGUAAUUAAAAAUUAGAUUCACAAUAAAAUUAUUUUUCUAUUAGAUUACAAACUCAUAGCUUUGACUAUUUUAACAUACAACUAUUACCUAAUACACAAACAUACCAACCUAUUUUAAGAUAUAUAUUGUUUUUUUAUAAAACGUAAUAGAUAGUACUGUAAUAUAUAAAUACUAUGAUAAAUAAAACGUAAUAUAAUUUGCAGUAAUUAAUUUACCAUAUUUCUUAUCGAAAUCUAUUGGUGCGAUAUGAACUAGAUAAAACCUACUUAAGUAUUUCAUUUAAGUAAAAUAUUAUAUAUAUGUGUAUAUAAUAUUAUCUUUAAUUCUCAGUUGGUUUUCGGAUGGACCCAGGUUCCAUACAAAGAUGCCCAUGGUCCUUUGUCCUGGUUAUCUAAAUACUUAGGCGGAAAAUGUUAUACUGCCCGUAAGAAUUCUCAUUAAAUUUCCCUUUAAAACAUUUUUCAAUAAGAUUUAAACUCUUCAUAAUGUCAAAUACCUACUUGGCUUAUAAGGAAUUAAACCCGAUACGAUUAGCUGUAAUAUCAAUUUGAUUUUAUUUAAAUAAAAGCAGUCAAACCGUCCAAUGAAUAAAUAAAACUUAAACGUUUACUGUAGAAAAGUACGUAUGAACAAUUUUACCAUCACAAACUACGCUAGAAAGACGUAUUUGCUGUCGAGCGGAAGUAUUUGCGAGGCAUUUUUAAAGUAUAUACCUUGAUAAAAAUGAUAAUACUCGAAGGUACUAAUUGUAAACACUACAUAUUAUUGAUAACAUAUGAUGGUAAUGCAAUAAUAAAGUAUUUUUUUAACCUUGGCGUUCGGUCAACAUUUCGCGCGCAAAAAGCCACCUCCGCUCUCAUUCCGGCAGCCACAAGCCUGCGCUUGCGGCUGACGGCUUUUACUUAGCGUAAAGGUGUCUUUCGGCGCGCGGGGAGCAUGACGAAGGUUGGAGCAUAUACUGCGUUAUAGACUAGUUAGACGCACUUUCAACCAUUUUAAAAGUUUGUUUGCGUUUAAUACGACGUCCAUACAAAAUAAGAAGAACGUAUAAUAGUUAUACGUUUCUAAAGACUAUUAUGGUGACAUAAAAAAGUUAAGUGAUACUAGGCUAAAAUGGCGUAUGAGACAUUUAAACAAAAAAAAAUAUUAUACGAUUUUUUAGACUAGUAUCAGAUCUAAAAUUUUGCUAAAGAUCCUAAUCUUAAAGUGCGUAUAGCGUCUUUUACGUAUUUUUAGCCUAGUUUUUGGCUUAUACGUUAUUUUAGGCUAGAUAUGGUGGAUAAGAUUUUACACAAACCAGAGCGUAAAAAAACGUAUAGCUGCAUAUACGUUGUUUUAGCCUGGCUUUGUCAAAUAGUCGCUUUUUAGACUAGGAACGAACGAAAAUUAGUGCAAAUACGGUCUUUUUACGAUAUUUUUCUCGAAAACUAAGCCACUUAUCGGAAAACGGGCCAAUGUGGUCGAUGCGUCUCCAUCUCUACAUUACGAAUAUCACAAAAAGUCCAUUUUGGCAAAAUGUCGAAAAACUGCCUUUUAGCUUAGGGCGGCAGUAUUGUCGACUAGCAGUUCUGAUACAUGCCGCUACUUGAAGCUAAACUAUUUCUUGUUCCCAUCAGCCAGGAGACAAUAGUGUAAUGUAUGUACCUACUUAACCUAACGGUAGUUGUCAUAUCCUCAUAUCGCGGUGCAUUCAGAUGCGCCCUCUGUAGGCAGUUUAGUCUCGUAAUAAAUAUCUAAGUGACCGGACGUGUGUGUGUUUCAUUUGUUCAUACAUCUCAGUGGCGAACGAGGAUUGGAUUUUAAAACGCAGAAUUGGCUGGAUGUUGUUUAAAGAUGUCAGUGGGGAAAAUAAAAGCGUUCGAGGUUUCGACAGGCAAGUGGAGUACUUAUGUGGAGCGCGUGAAUAUGUAUUUCAAAGCCAACGACAUCAAGGGUGACGAAAAAAAAAA